AUGGUAAUCGUGGCACUGGUAGCUGUGACAAACGUGUGGGCGGGUUGUUGGAGUGACUGGAGUCGGUGUACCGGGUGGUCUAGCGUGGCUGGGGGUGUAGCAUGGCAAGAGUGCAACACCCGGUGCAAGUGCCAAGGUUACUCAAGUGGCACGUGCGAGGACGUGGCCAAUUCGUGUUGGUUUCUAAACAAGAAAACUAAAGUGAGCAGGUGCGUUUGCCAUGGUAGGAAAGUGAUUCGUAAUGUACCAAAAAGUUGCGGCUUUUAA